UUUGUUUUUUGAUUCAACAUAAUUAGUGACUUUGUACUUAAAUAGAUUUAAAGAGCAAUGGCAGAAUCUUCAUCAACCUCCCCACACAGACAGACCAGAAGAAACAGUAUGGAUACACCUCCAAUGGAUCUGAGAUCCUCCAGUGGUGCCCUGUCAGAGGAGCUGCAGUGUUCAAUCUGUCUGGAUGUGUUUAGUGAUCCAGUCAGCACUCCAUGUGGACACAACUUCUGUAAACACUGUUUAAAACAGUGCUGGGACACGAGCCAGGGUUAUCACUGCCCCCUCUGUAAAGAAAAAUUCAAUAAAAGACCCGAUCUCAAAAUCAACACAACACUUAGAGAGAUCGUGCAGCUCUUUAAAGAAAGAUCUGGUCAGAAGAAAUCUGAGGUUUUGUGUGACAUGUGUGAUGAUAAAAAGCUAAAAGCCUUGAAGUUCUGCCUUGUGUGUCAGAUCUCUUACUGUGAAACUCAUCUGGAGCCUCAUCAGAGAAUCCCUAAUUUUAAGAAACACAAACUGAUUGAUCCUGUAGAGAAUCCUGAGGACUUUAUAUGCCAGAAACAUGAGAAACCCCUCGAGUUGUAUUGUAGAGAUGAUCAGACAUGUGUGUGUAUGCUGUGUGCUGUGACAGAGCACAAGACUCACAACACUGUUGCGUUAGAGGAAGAGAGUGGAGAGAGGAAGCCUGAACUGAAGAAGAUACAGACAGAUGUGAAGCAAAAGAUUCAGGACAGAAUGAACAAAAUUCAGGAUAUCAAACACUCAGCAGAACUUAGGAAAAAGCGCACAGAGAAAGAGAAAUCAGACAGUGCUGAGCUCUUCAGUGCUUUGAUCAGAUCUAUUGAGAGAUGUCAUACUGAACUGCUGGAGAUGAUGGAGCAGAAGCAGAAAACAGUAGAGAAACAUGAUGAAGAUCUCAUUAAAGAUCUGGAGCAGGAGAUCAGUGAGCUGAAGUGGAGAAACCGUGAGCUGGAUAAGCUUUUACACACUGAAGAUCAUCUUCAUCUCCUGCAGAUUUACCCAUCAGUGUGUAGCCCUGUAAACACCAAACACUGUCCUGAGAUCAGUGAUACUGAAAUACAGCUCAGUGUGGAACCUCUAGUGAAAGCUCUGACUGAACUACAGAAGACUCUAGAUGAGAAACUCAGUGAAACUGUGUUGAAGAGAGUGCAGCAAUAUGCAGUGGAUUUGACUCUGGAUCCUGACACAGCUUAUCCAUAUCUCAUCCUGUCUGAUGAUGGAAAACAAGUGAGAUCUGGAAACAUUAAACUUAAACUCCCAGACAAACCAGAGAGAUUUGACAGUUGUACCUGUGCUCUGGCAAAAGAGGGAUUCUCAUCAGGAAGAUUUUAUUUUGAGGUUCAGGUAAAGGAAAAGACUGAAUGGGAUCUUGGAGUAGCCAGAGAAUCCAUUAACAGAAAGGGAAAGAUCAUACUGUCUCCUGCAAAUGGAUACUGGACAGUCAUUCUAAGAAAUGAGAAUCAGUAUCAGGCUUGUGGGGCUCCUCCUCUCUCUCUCUCUCUGAGAGUAAAGCCUGAGGUUGUGGGGGUGUUUGUGGAUUAUGAGGAGGGUUUGGUCUCCUUCUAUGAUGUGAAGGCCAGGUCUCAUAUUUACUCUUUCACUGGUCAAUCUUUCACUGAGAAACUCUAUCCUUUCUUUAGCCCUGAUCAUAUUAAAAAGGGACCACUAAUAAUCUCACAAGUUAAACUGCUAAAGUGAGACACAUAAACUUAAUAAUAAUUAUCAUUGUAUAUUUUUAUUAAUUAAAAUCUGAAUAUUAUUUAAAAUGUCUGUAAAAAUGUGUUUGCUGAUUCACUGUAAAUAGUAAUAGUUGGAUCUACUUAGAAAAAUUGCUUCAAUUGGUAACACUUAAAUACAUUUAUCAACUUAAAUUUUCUCACUUUGAGAUAAAAAGAUUAAUUCAAUUUGUAACACUUCAAAUGUUUUUUUUGGUUUUUCCACUUAAAGGAAAACACCACCAUUUUUUAAUAUUUUACUGAUCUUCCUUCAACUUAGACAAAUUAAUACCUACCUCUCUUUUUCCAAAUGCAUGCACUUAAUCAUUGUAAAGCAAAUCAAUUUAGCCUAGCCCCAUUCAUUCCUUAGGAUCCAAACAGGGAUCAAUUUAGAAGCCACCAAACACUUCCAUGUUUUCCCUAUUUAAAGACUGUUACAUGAGUAGUUACAUGAGUAGUGUGGCACAAAAAAGUGGCGUUUUCCUAACCGGAUAAAAAAUUAAAACUAUAUUGUAUGGCAGAAGAGCACUCAGUUUGCAGCACUUCGACCUUGGGCGCAGUAACAUCAUCACUCCUGACUUCAGAAGUUUGAGCGAGAGGGGGAGUGAUUGAAAUAAACAGCGACUUUUGUUGCAGUUUCAGCUAAAUCACUCCUAAACUUGGCUCCUUUUUGUUCUCACAGUCGCAAACGGAAAUACCUAUAACACAGUUUUUUACCUGAUGGGGGGGUGGACCAAUCACAGUGCUUGCGGUCUGCGUAGAACUGACUUGCUGUUAAAAAUUUUGCACACAAUGUGUUCUCUAACGUUUAUUCCAUGAAAAGAUUGCAGAGAAAUAUUAAAUGUAAAUAUUUUUUGUGAGCAAUAUUUUUGUUAAAAACAAAACACUUGAAUGACUGUAACAGGUGAAGGUUGUUACACAGUCUGUAACAUGAAUAUCUUUAAUGAGGUUUGGUUUUUCAAAGAGCUCACAGAUCGACCUCAUAUCUCUCUUCAUAAAACAACAGGUUUAUUCUUUUCUCUGCUGCUGAACUUGUUGUCUCUUUGGGGAGUUAAAAUCUUGAGUUACAUUCAGCUCAAUGGUUUGGUGUUAAACAGCUGCUGGUGUGUAGAGUCUUAUGGAUGAGAAAGAGUUUAAACAGAUGCUGACAGGAGAUCACUGGAUCACAGUGAGGUAAAGUCAUAGUGCGAUCUCAUUUAAAACAAUAGAUAAUACUUGUGACAAUUUGUUUUAGAUUUGGAUGGAUUGCUGCAAUCUUUGCUUUGAAGAUGCUUUCACUCAAUUUGGGAAUAUCUAUAUGUCUUGUGGAUGAGACUUUUUUUUUUAGAAAACAACAGCAAGAAAAUUAGCACUUGUGUCAAAAACCUGUUUGUGUUAAUAACACAGAAUGUAUGUGUUUAUGUUCUUUACUGGGUUCCUCACUGUCAAUUUUAUUCAUGUACCGUAUUCUGAUAUUAUAUUACUGUCUAGAAAAACAAUAUUUAACAUUUUUGCACAUUUUGUUUCCUAUGAUGUGCAAAUUAUUGUAUAGUUGUAUAUCAUUCUAAUGUAUAAAGUAUUGACGACAUUGUAUUGUUUAUCCUGACCUCUUUCAGCACAAAAUAAAUGGCUAAAAAUAAU